AUGGCAACGUCCUCUCGGGCAACCAAGACGGAUGCAGCCACCAUCGACCCAGAGGUGGAGAAGAUCAUGGUGGAGAGCUUGAAAGCCAAGACCGCCGCUGCCAAGAACAAAGCGAAGCCGCUGGACACCACGCGAGUCAUGAAGAUGGACGUGCGGGACCCCAGGGCAAGGGCGAAGCAGUGGCCAUGCUGGGGCCGUCACACCCCCAGUGCUCCUCAAGCCAAUCUACACGGCCAGUGGAUAGUGUGUGCAGUGUGCAAUGUGCGCCUGCUGUACACCCCUCGCCAGGGAUCAAGCUCUCAGCACACUACUGUGGAGAACCCCGGCAUGAUCAAGCGGAUGUUGGGCGAGCUUCAACCGUUGAUGGGAGACGUGCUACCCACGGCCCAAAUCUGCCGUCACAUGCUGGCGAAGAUCAAUGCCGAGGAGGUGCUGAACAAGGCGAUCACCGAGGCGAGGACCAAGGCGUACUCGACGACAGCACCGCCGGCGACUACGACCUCCCCGACGACAACUACAAGUUGGGAAGUGGCUGUGCCGGAAGACGACGAGGAGCUGGUUCAGGCUUACGAGACGGAGGCGCAGGGCGGCUACAUGCAGAUCAACUACCAGAAUGGCUUUGACCUCUACCAGCGCGACACGUGGUGGCGUCUACGUGAACUACGACGAGCUCACCGACCCCGUCGCAUGUGGCUCAGCCUACCAAGCAGUAAGUGGUGUGCUUGGCGGUCCCUCGACUAUGACAACUCCGAGAAGCUGGAGCAAGGCCGCCGCCGAGAACGACGACUUCUUUGGGAAGUGACAACCUGUCUGAAGGAAUCACUCGAGGAGGACUCCGAGCUCGACAUCUACUUCGAGUGGCCUCACCCUUGUGGUGGUUGGAAGCAGGCUCCCAUGGUGGACUUCCAGACCUACUUGGAAAGGAGCGGCGUGCCGUGGUUGCGGUGCCGCAUUGAUGGGUGCAACUACGGUAUGCGAGACAACGACACCGGGAUGUUCAUCCGGAAGCCAUGGCUAGUGUACACCACAGACGAGUCCUUCCACCACGCCUUUCGAGCCAAGGUUUGCCCUGGAAACCAUGGCAGUCACUGCCGCCAAGAAGGUCACGAACAAUUGGCUACAUCCUACUAUCCGUGGAAACUGGUACAGGCAGUGGCCCGCCAUUGGCGUGACCGCACCGCACCUCUACGACACGCCCGCCUACUACAACAACGUGAAGGUGUUACCAGCACCCCGGUUGAGACUGGAGGCAUCCAAUGGAACCAUGUUCUAGAAGAACGUGACGAGGACCAUGUGUUUGGUGAGGAGGAGGCCUACAUGGAAACGCAGAUGAUGGAGGCCACACGACUUGGUUUGGAGACACUAUGUCGUGAAGCCCGCCUACGAGAACGCUUUGACAUGGAAGUCUGCGAGAACAUCCUUCUGGAGUUCAUGAAUCAAACGAAGCAAGCCUAUAUCGAGAAGAAAAACCACUCUCGGUGGCAACAGUCUCCCGUCCAUACUCUUUUGGGAGCUUACUCCCAUGGAGCCUUUUCAGGAGUUACCCGAAACUCCCUACGUUAUCCGGAACUGAACUACUACAUAAACUCUUAUUUGAGGCAUUGGCUACCUCAACAGCAAUGGUCGAGCAUCCUUUUGACGCUCAACGGCAAGACGCUGCCCCACACCGACAACCACAAUUGCAAGGGCACCGUCAAUAUCCUUCAUGGAAUGGGAUCGUAUCAGGACGGCGGACUCUGGUUGAGAGGAGAAAGCCCUAAUGGACAUUCAGUUGUCCGACGACAACUACCUGAUGGCAGCCUUUGUCCAGGCUACGUCCUCCCCACUCGGCGCCGCUUUGUGAUCUUUUCACCCGAGGUGACGCAUGCCACUCAAAGUUCGCGAGGUCAGAGGCUGGUGAUAACAGCCUAUACGACUAGGCUAACACCACAGUUGACCAAGGACGAUUGGGCUACAUUGACAAAGCUUGGAUAUCCGCUACCCCGUCACAGUGAUUUUCCUCGUGACUUUGUCGAGGUACCAGAGAUCAAAAACUCAUGUUCAUCGACUACCACGACGCCUACCAAGGAUCCAGUCAUUCCGUCGAAGGAAGUCAAGGACCACUUUCCAGCGACUACAACGACUUCUACCGAGGAUCCAGUCAUUCCAUCGGAGGAAGUCAAGGUCCACUUUGCAGCUACUACAGCGACUUCUACCUCGGAUCAUGGUGUUUCGCAGGAUGCCACAGGCAAUAGCCCAGAACCGUCACAAGCAGAGAGGGCCAGAUGGGAGGCGCAAAUUGCCAAGUUUCACAAAGCUGCAGGACAUCCUACGAAUCGCAACCUGGCCAAGAUCGUCAAGGACGCGGGACAUCCGGAAUGGCGAGUACAAGCAGCUCUACAACACAGCUGUCCAGCAUGUCAGAGUCUUAAACCCGGCGGUACGAGCUCAGGUCAGAUACCGCCAGCGUCUACACACUCCAUGUAUGGUGCAUGGGAAGCUGUGGGAGUAGACUCUGCUGAGUGGGUCCCUCCUGGCGGCAAGACCAAGGUGAAGUUUCUUCUUUUCAUGGAUCUGGCCACGAAGCUCAGAGUCACGAAGCCGCUGUAUGUGUACGACUUCCUGGAGAUGCGGUCCGAGUCUGGCGAUGACUUCAUCCGCAACUUUGCCGAAGGAUGGCUAGGAGCCUUUCCCAAGCCGAAGCUUUUGGUGAUGGAUGCUGCAAAGAGCUUCGUGUCCGAAGCUGUGCAUGAGUUUGCGAGCCACGUCAACAUUCAGGUUUCCUACGUGGCCGAGAAGGAAGCAUGGUCCCACGGCGUACUAGAGUCCGGUGUUCAGGAUGUCAAGAUGACGGCAUCUGCCAUCCACUUGGAGAACUUGACCCAAGACCCCGCCGUGACCUUGAUUUUAGCAACCUCAUCGUUGAACGCCACAGAGUACACCGGUGGCUUUUCGUCAUACCAAUGGGCCUUCGGACGUGAGUACUCAUUGUCCGAUGAGGAUGUACGGACAUUCUUAACCUCCGACUACCAACACGAGUUCGUGAAGCUGGUGCAGGCACGGUCCAAGGCGGAGGAGAUUGCUCGAUCUACACGGGCAAAAAGAGUGUUGACGUUUGGCGCAAGGUCUGGCCGCAACAACAGUUCAAAGGACCCCGCGGAGGAUACCGGAAGUCUGGAAGACCUCACUGGGUUGGCCCCGGCCGAGUUGUCUUCCAUGAAGUACUACCACAUCAAGCCCGUUACAGAAACCGAGAGGUUUCAAUUUGAGACAUCUGGCGAGGAUCAGUCGUCUACAUGGAGGACACUGUCGGACAUUAUGCCCAACCGCGAGUACGUGGACCUCACCGACCAGAUCCCUGAGGAGAACGAGGUGGAGUUACCUGAUCUACCACAAGUACCCGACAAGCGGACAAUGGUGCAACCCACGCGCAGGGUAUCCCGGAAAACUACCUUGACGACGUCCCCUACUACGACCACCGAGGAGCAGCGACCGGCAUCAAGCGGUGAUCAAGUUACUGGCACGGAUGACCCGUUGUCCGGCUCAACACGGCCCCUGGACACAACGGUGAAUUCUUACGAGGAUCCUGAGGCCAAACGACCCAAAACCGAACCUACGUGGGUCGACGAGCUCUACAUGGAGGAGUCCCAGCCUCAGGACACCAUUGACAUCUUCACUGCGUUCCAGGAAACUGAGGAGUUCAUGAGAGUUGAGUUUGACCUCCCCGCGCCUGCGUCCAAUCGACAACGAAGGUUUUUAGAGCGCAAUCCACUCCUCUACAUUGUCAAAAAGAUGAAGGAUUCUGAGGUUUCCCUCUCAAGGUUGUCAGUGAAGGACCGAGCACUAUUUCAUCGAGCCAAGAUGAAAGAGGUUGACUCCUUCAUCAAGAAUGAGGCAGUGCGGAAGUGCCUAGAUGACGCUGAACUUCGAAAGGCGAUGGACUCCGGACGAGUGGUCAAGGCGAGAUGGGUGUUGACUUGGAAGCUUGUCCCUCCUGAGGAGCAAGCUGAAGCUCUACAAGACAGUCGCGAAAAUACCAAAACCGUGCACAAUGCCAAUGGUACCAAGAAGGCCAAGGCGAGGAUUGUCUUACUUGGGUUCCAACACCCGAGCUUGCUGGACCCCACCUUCAAGACCGCGAGCCCUGUACAGUCUAUGCUAGGGAGAAACCUUUUGUACACUAUGGCAGCAGACUCUCAGUGGGAGCUGGAAGGACUGGACCUGGCUACAGCCUUUUUUCAAACACAGCCCACUGAAGCUGACCAGGAGUUGUGGACUACUGGUGUUCACGAACUUCGUGAAGCCCUUGGCAUCGACACCAACAGCGUGAUGAGGGUGUUGCGAAAUAUUUAUGGCAGCACAACCGCUCCGAGAGGGCUAUGGCUGUCGUUGCACAAGACUCUCACAAGUCUUGGUGCUCAAGCAGUCUUGGGAGAGAGAUGUCUUUGGAUAUGGUUGUCCAAACAGAAGAUGGACGGCAACCACCCCAAGACUAUCGGUGCCAUGGGAGGACAUGUUGACGACUUCCACAGGAUUGGCGAUGGCUCCCCCGAGUGGCUGGAAAUUCGAGAACGCAUCAACAAUGCCUACAAGUGGGGAAUGACGAAGACUGGCGCAUAUCGUCAUGCAGGUACGGACGUGUCUACGGUGAAGGACGAGAAUGGCUACAACAAGACGACCAGAGCUACUACAUCGAGGCGCUCACCGAUGUGGACAUUGAACCUGAACGACUCCGGCGAAUGCAACUUGUUGUUGACGGACUUGGUUACCAAUGGCACGAUGGAGACUGCCAGAGACAUCCAGCAGGUCAUCUCCGAAGUGAGACAGGAGCCCUUCAGCCUCUCCUUUCAGAAGUUUGUGAAGGCCAAACACUGGCGGGACAUAGUCUUCAUCUCGAUGGGAGAUCAAGCUCAUGCGAAUCGCCCAAAGGGUGACUCUACGGGCGGACUGGUGACUCUGGUGUCUGGACCAGAAAGUGUCACUGGACGUGUGUGCCCAAUGUCACUGAUUGGAUGGCGCACGUGGAAGCUCAAACGGAAGGCCAUCGGGAGCAACGACGCUGAGGUGCAGUCAAUCUUGGAAGCCGAGGAUCACAACUUCAGAGCCCGACUUCUGUGGUCGGAACUACAUGGAGCUGCCGGCCACGACUCAGAGCGACCCUUGCGAGUCGACAUGGUGGAUGUUGUGGAGCGCCAGAUCGCUGGCAUCAAAGGAGUUCUCUGCACCGACAGCAGAGGCGGAUACGACGCAGUGGAACUCAACGAAUCGCCACUGCUGGGCCUAAGCAACAUGCGAGCUGCCCUGCAAGCGUUUCAGCUACGUGGGAAUCUCCGUCGAGCUGCCUGUGAACUACGCUGGUUGGCGAGCGACUUCGACCUGGCUGACGCCUUAACGAAGAAGAGAGCUGACUGUCGUGAGGGCUUGCUAAAGUUUCUUCGAACGGGCUACUGGUGUAUCCGGUAUGAUCCUUCCUUUACCUCAGCAAAGAAGGGACGUAAAGUAGGAACCACUGCUGUAGGCACUGUACAGAAGUUCCUUGAGACCCCUCAUGAGGACCUCUUCACAGAUGCUGCUGCGGCCCUGGAGAUGCUGAGGGGCUGGCUCCGGGACCCGCGCCCGCCUUUUGUGCUGAAGCAGUUUGCCGCUUUCUUCGCCGUCUGGCAAAAGGAAGCCUUGGAGGAGCAACUCCGGGUCCCUGUAGAUGUGGACGAUAUCGUCGGCACGCAUGUGUCAGAGCUGCUGAUCGUGGCUUCGGGCCCUCUUUGGGAGGAGCGAUGCCUUCGGGACCAGGCCUUGGAGGUGAUCCUGGAGCACUGCAAGGUGCUCCAGCCAGAGCCACGCCGGGAGGCCUUUGCCUCGGUGCUCCUCCGGCUCGGCCGCAGUGCCGGGACGCAGGCCGUUGCCGAGGCGGCAGUCGCUCUGAGCUGCCGCGCGGAGGCCACUCCCCUCGCGGAGGUCCUCAAGAGAGGUUUGGCGGCUUUCUGGGCCCGCUUCCCCGAGGAGGUCUUCUCUGCCAUUGCCUUCUUGGUGCGCACGGCUCUGCGGAUCGACGACGCCUCUGCUGCGGAGGCCUUCGUGGAUUCAGCACCGGGCGUCCGGGAGGAAGCUGAUGUCGAGGCCAUGGCCGAGAUGGAGGAGAAGGAUGACGAGGCGGAGGAGAAGGCCAAGGACGAGAAGCCGAAGGAUGAAGAGGUUCAGGAGGAGGAAGAGCCGGAUGUCAGUGCCUUCAGGCCCGGGGACAGCGCCGGGGCCUCAAGCUCGGACCACGGGGAGCAGAUGGAGUUGCUCGCUCAGGAGAGCCCGGCGCAGAACAGAGAUAGCAGCGUUCGUGACGACGAUGAUGGUGAUGAUGGUGUUGAUGAUCAUGAUCAUGAUCAUGGUGAUGCUUGUCAUUCACUUUGUUCUGGUCGGGCUGUGGUCUACGAUUGGAUUGUUAUGCUGCUCUCCGAACAUAGCGCCAUGGCAUUUUACCAAUGA